UUUUUUUUCUUUUCUAUCUUCGUCUAUAUCUUUUUUUUUCUUUUCAGUUAAAUUCAUAGUUUAUUGGAUUCUUUCAAAUAUAACAAAAAGGGAAAAAAAAAGUCACCUUAUAUCUUAUAUAUACCGUAAUCUUAUAUACAUUGAAAAAAGCUGCUUUCAUAGAAACUAUAAUAUGGACUCUUCAAAUGUACCACCACCUGGAAGUAGACCUAUCAAAGAACCAAAACGACGCUUGAAUCGAGGAUCUUCAGGUUUAGGAUCUUCCUCAAGUGUGUUUGGAAGCACUGGUUCUGGUUCACAAGCAACACCAGGCGCUAUGCAAGCUUUUGGUCAACAACAACAACAACAACAAGCUUCCUCGCCUACCUCUUUUGGAUUUGCGUUCAAUCAACAACCUGCAAACUCUCCUCCAACUCAACAAACUUCUCAAUCGUUUUCCUUUGGUGCUACUCCCAUGGCUACUCAACCAUCAGCAACAGCAUCUCCUUCAUUUUCUUUUGGAGGUCAAAGUCCGAUGGCCAACACAGGUAGUCAACAAGUAACUAAUACAACUGGAGCAUUUGGUUCACCAUCGUCACAAUUGUCGUUUGGAGGAUCAUCAUCUUUCGGAAAUCAACAAUCAUUGUCAUCUAUGGAUACACAAAUGAAACCAACUUCAACAUUCACUUUCGGUAGUCCUAGUUCUCAAUCAGUAACAACUGCAACAACUACAACUACUGCAGCGCCUGCACCUGUUUUCGGUGGUCAAGUUUCGAUGGGUGGUUUUGGCGAUCAAGGAAAAGCGACUCCUACAUUUACUUUUGGUAGUGCACCUCAACCUGCAACAAUGACAGCAUCAACAUCAUCAGCCUUUGGUGGUCAACCUUCUUCUUCUGAAACUCAACAAAAGCAAUCAACUUCAGCAUUUUUUGGAGGGGCAAGUGAACCUAUGAAGUCGGUCGCUUCGACCACGUCAUUCUCAUUUGGUGGAUCUGCAUUCUCUCCAACUCCUUCAACCAAUACAGCAUCUUCAACUCUAUCUGGCAGUCAAUCUCAACCGGAUGCAUCAAAACAAUCCACACCGACGUUCUCAUUUGGUAGUUCCACUACGACAUCUGUGCCACCAGUAUCUUCAGCAUCAACUUCGACACCAACAUUUAGUUUUGGAAGUACAACUCAAAAAAGUGAAUCAACAACAAAUACAAACUCUUCUGUUACUAGUACUCCUACCUUUGGUUCCACACAGUCAAAAGAUGAAGGCGAAAAGAAAAGUCAACCCAAAUUUAGCUUUGGCUCGACACCAACAUUCUCAUUUGGUAGUUCCACCACAACAUCAGUUCCACCAGUAACUUCAACAUCAACUUCAACAACUGCAACACCAUCGUUUAAUUUUGGAAGUGCAACUCAAACAAGUGAAUCAGCAACAAAUAUAAGUUCUUUUGGUACUACUACUUCUGCCUUUGGUUCCACGCAAUCUAAAGAUGAAGGCGAAAAACAAAAUCAACCUAAAUUCAGCUUUGGUUCGGCAGCGAAUGACACGAAACCAACUCAACAAGUUGCACCCACCUUGACUUUUGGGUCUUCUACUGGUCAGAAACGAAAAGAUACUAGUACUGAAUCCAAUGAACCAAACAAAUCACGACCAUUCCAAUUUUCUUCUUCGGCAUCUUCAGACACAGUGGAAAAGCCUCAAUUCACCUUUGGUACCAUUCCCAGCAGUAGUCAAGUGGAUAAAGAUACAACCAAAGAUAGCAAAGAUGAUCAAGAUACUUCAGAUAAAAAAGCAUCAGCAACAACGACAUCAAAAGGUGAUACUGCAACAGCACCCGCGUUUUCAUUUGGUCAGUCAUCUACUACACAGUCCACUGAAAAAUCAUCAACGGAAAAGGGCACAGAAAGCGACAAGACUAAAACAACAUCUUCAGUUCCUUCUUUUUCUUUUGGCAGCACUACUACUCCAUCAUCUUCCAAAGAUAAUCAAUCUUCAACCUUCUCUUUUGGAAAGCCAACCGCUCAAGCCUCUACGACUGACAGUUCUGCAGCAAAACCAAUGCCAACAUUCUCUUUUGGAAAGGGUACUCAACCUCCUACUUCUGACAAGACACCCUCAUUUUCUUUUGGUAAACCUCAUGGUGAAACUACUGGUAGUUCCACAGAUUCUACAAAAAAGACGCCGUCAUUUUCUUUUGGUGGACAAGAUCAAGCAACUUCGGAUGGCAGUUCUGCAGACAAGGCUCCAACACCAACGUUCUCUUUUGGAAAACCAGCUCAAGAAACCACAACCGAUAGUUCUUCAGACAAGACACCUACCUUCACAUUUGGCAAGGCAGCUCCUAUUGAUAGCUCUUCUGACAAACCUCCUACAUUCUCUUUUGGCAAACCAUCAUCCACAGAUAGCACUUCUGAAAAGACACCUACCUUUUCAUUCGGCAAGACAGAGAAGUCUACAUCAACAAUACCAUUCGGCCAAUCUACUAAGACAGGUGACGAGAGUACAGUAGAGAAAGCAAAAACAACGACUUCUACAGCUCCAACCUUCUCAUUUGGUAUGACGUCAACGGAUAGUUCGCAACCAACAUCAAAGGCAACAGCUAUAGGCGACUCAUCAUUUGGGACACCAACUGGGGUAUUUAGUUUUGGAUCGAAAAAAGGUAAAUUAGAAAAAAACAAGAGAACAACAAGCGAGUGGAUCACAACUGACAAUGAAUUUCAUAAUCUAUCAGAUGAAGGUACUGACAAGGACAAAUCUCAAGCUGCUACAACAAAAUCAUUCUCCUUUGGAACUGCUACUGGUAAGAAAACUGAAAGGAAUGUGUGAAAAUGGGUAAAGCUAAUCAAAGAAAAUAUUUUAUGUAAUAUAAUAGGUGCUUCCAAAGAAUUAAACAAGCCUGCAACUGUGUUUUCCUUUGGAAAA